AUGAGUAACAUACCGGCAUGUAUUAUAUGUUUUUCAAGUUUUACAACACCAAAAGUUUUGCCAUGUGGGCACACAAGUUGUUUGCGGUGUAUUGAGAGAUAUAUCAGUGAUAAAAUAGAGAAAUUCCCCUGUCCUUAUUGUAAGCAGAAUGUUGAGAUUCCAGAAGGUGGC